UCGAGUUACGUCACUUCCGCCUCCUGAGCGGUGCUUAAUGAAGAUAGCGAUGUUAACUUUCUUUUCCGCGGCGUAAACCUGACUUAUUGUUGAAUCCCGGUGAAUAUGGCAGGUUGACCUGAGCCGCGACAAUUGAUCCUCAACAAUUAAGAGCGCACCGGCAGCCUUCACUACCUCCACCACCACUUGACUUGGUUUUGAGGGUCUGUCUGCCCGUCGUCCCACUCUCCCUCUCCCACCGCCAGCUCGUAAGAACUUAAAAUGGUGGACGUCACCAAAUGGCCCCUCUUCAGCUUGAUGGCGCCCCAGGAGUUGACCUCUGUAUGGAAAGCGUUUGUGUUUGGAGCGUCCGCCAACGAGGCCAUCUACAUCACCAGGGAUGACGAGGUGUAUGUGUUUGGGCUCAACUGCAGUAACUGCCUAGGCACUGGAGACUGCAAGAGCACCAUCGUCCCAAAGAAGCUGGACUUCCUAAGCGGCAAGAAGGUGGUCAACAUGAGCUACGGCAGCGGCCCGCACGUCCUGCUGGUCACUGAGGACGGAGAACUAUUCGCCUGGGGACACAAUGGCUACUGCCAGCUGGGCAAUGGGAACACCAACCAAGGGGUGGCGCCGGUGCUCGUGUCAGCCAACUUGCUCAAUAAGAAGGUCACUCAGGUGGCUUGUGGUUCCCACCACUCCAUGGCUCUCACCAACACUGGAGAGGUGUACGCGUGGGGUUACAACAACUGCGGUCAAGUAGGUUCCGGUUCCACCGCCAACCAGCCUCACCCACGCCGAGUCUCCAGCCUCCUCCAGAACAAGAUAGCCGUCAGCAUUGUCUGUGGACAGACUUCAUCCAUGGCAGUGGUGGACAACGGAGAGGUGUUCGGUUGGGGUUACAACGGCAAUGGACAGCUGGGACUAGGAAAUAACGGGAACCAGCUGACUCCGUGUCAACUGAUUGGUCUGAUGGGUCUGUGUGUGCAACAGAUCGUGUGUGGUUACGCACAUUCUUUGGCUCUGACCGACGAAGGCUUCGUGUACGCCUGGGGCGCCAACACGUACGGACAGCUGGGCACCGGGAACAAGAGCAACCAGCUCAGCCCGAUCGAGAUCAUGGCUGACAAAGAAAGGUCCCGGAUCGUGGAAGUAGCCGCCUGCCACUCCACGCACACGUCGGCCGCCAAGACCCAGACCGGCCAGGUGUACAUGUGGGGGCAGUGCAGGGGUCAGUCCAUACUAGUGCCUCACCUCACACACUUCACCUGCACCGACGACGUCUUCGCCUGCUUCGCCACGCCCUCUGUGAUGUGGAGGCCUCUGUCCAUGGAGUAUGAUGACUUCCUGACGGUGGCUCAGUCUCUGAAGAAAGAGUUCGACAACCCAGAGACGGCCGACCUCAAGUUCUGUGUGGAUGGGAAGUACAUCUACGUCCACAAAGCAAUCCUCAAGAUCAGGUGUGAACACUUCCGCUCCAUGUUCCAGUCUCACUGGAAUGAAGAUGCCAAGGAGGUGAUUGAGGUCGAUCAGUUCUCCUUCCCGGUGUAUCGUUCCUUCCUGGAGUUCCUGUACACGGACGAGGUGGAGCUUCCUCCCGAGGACGCCAUCGGCCUGCUGGACUUGGCCACUUCCUACUGCGAGAACCGCCUGAAGCGUCUGUGCCAGCACGUCAUCAAGAGAGGCAUCACGGUGGAGAACGCCUUCACCCUGCUGUCCGCCGCCGUGCGCUACGACGCCGAGGACUUGGAGGACUUCUGCUUCAGGUUCUGCGUGAACCACCUGACCCAGGUGACGCAGACGGCUUCUUUUUGGCAGAUUGAUGGAAAGCUGCUCAAAGACUUCAUUUGUCGAGCGAGUCGCUACGGCGCCUUCAACAACUGAGCCAAAAAUGAUUGAUG